CCGUGAUGUCCAGUCGGCAGGGAGCCUUGGCCUUUUCAAGCUGCCUGACAACCCUUUCUUUCUUUCUCUUUUGCUCGCCCCCCUUCCCUUUUGCAUUUCAAACCACCAUGACCGACCCUGACUUUGAGGACGCCGGCGACUUUGAUGUCAAGGACAUCUCCACCAUCCUGAAGGACAUCGAUUCCGCCAACCUCGCUCUCGACGUCAUGGACGGACGCGCCGAUAAGCUGAGGGAAAGCAUCAUGUCACUGCUCAAGGCCCAGUCUCAACCUAACCCAUACGCCAACACCGAAGCUAACUCCCUGGAGCUGGAGCUGGACUUGGACCUGGACCUGAACCAGGAAGACGAUGACAUCGACUACGACGACGCUGCGCCCACAUCCAAUUCAUCAACAUCGGACGCUGAGGAUUCGCUUGACUUGCCCACAGAAGCACGGAAAAUCUCUUCGCUAAGAGCGCCUCCCAACUCCGUUGCACCAUCCGUCGCUUCAUCAUACACGCCUGAGCAUAAGGCCUUUCAAUAAAUAAGCUAU